AUGGAAGGGAAGAACUGCUUCCGCACGCGAUGGACGCAGGAGCCUAUCUUCAGUGGCGGCGCGUUGGCUUCUCUUGCGCUUCCAGUGUCAGCCUCCGCUGCCUCGUCUGCACUUUCCACGUCGGCCGCUCUAGAGGAAUGCCUCAUCAUGGCGUGCGGCGACACCGUGAACGUCGUGCGGGCAACAAGUGGCGAGGUGCUAUGCAGGUACACGCUGCCAGUAGAGGAUGUGAUUCUCCACAUUGACGCCGUGACGGUGCCCGAGGCGUCGGAUGACGACGGCAAAGACGCCGCAGGCGUAGAUGAGGGAGAGGCGGGGACGAAGCGCGACGCCAGCGCGGCGGAGAAGUCGGCCACGGCGAAGAAGUCUCCCAAGAAAAAGGCCAGGGCCGGCAAGACAGUCAAGCUGAACGAGGGGGACGAGGACAACGCCGUCCAAGCGGAGAAGAAGGUAGCCGUGCCAUCCGUGGUGCCGUCCUCAAGCGAGGCGGCCACCUCUCAGGACGACAGGGUGCUCGCUGCACCUGCUGGCAGCUACGUUGCGGUUGGCACGCGCUCUCUGCAGGUCUACGUGCUGCGCGUUGACGCCCGCGUUGAGUCGCCGGCCUCACCCUCGUCCUCUCCUUCAGGGGAGAAGGGUGCCGGUGCAGACACCGGUUCUGAAGAAGGCAACGCUGCAGAGGCGAAAGGCGGUGAUGCGGAUGUAGUCGGCACGGAAACCGCUACCGGGACUCUUGUACAGUACUCGAUCGAGCUGCAGCGGAACUGGACGGCGGCGCAGCACGCCAUCUCGGUCGUGCACUUCUCCCAGAGUGGCACCUACCUCGUUUCGGGUGCCACGGAUGGCAGCGUGAAGGUGUGGAACGUUUUUCAUCAUCACCUCACGCACAACUUGGUGUGCGCCCACAGCUCGCUGGUGCAGAGCGUCUGCCUCGACCCCAGCGAGGCCUACCUCGCCGUCGGCUCCUUUGAGGGACACGUCACCGUCUUCGACUUUGUGACGAAGCGGAUAGUGGCGGCCGGGCGGCCGCACGUGCAGGCGGUCGAGUCCAUGGUCUUCAACGACGCGCUCACACACGUCUACUCUAUCGCCAGGGAUCGCCGUCUCGCUCUGAACAAGAUGAUGUUCAGCGAGAACCGCAAGUCGACGGAGCUGCAGGAGGUGCGCGCGAUUGUGGUGAAAGAGCACGUGUCGAGCGCCGCCUUCGAGAGCGCCGGGCUACUUCACGUUGGCGCGAUGGACGGCGUGGUCUCCACCUACCGCGUGAGCGAGGCCGAGGCGGUACAGGUUGUGCGCCGGCUUCCAAAGCCGCCGGCCGCGGACGCCGAGGACAGCGCCGAGGAAGCGUUUGUGCGGUCUCUGGUCGUGGCCGGCAAGCCAAAGGGCACGGGCAUGCGCCGCCUGCGCGGAUUGGUGGUGCACGACGCGCCGCACGCGCCGGACACCUCCUCCUUGUACGUUGGUGACGCGGGAUUCAACAUUCAGUACCUGCGCCCUUCAUCGACGGAGCGCAGCCAGUACGAGGUGACCCGCACGGUUGUCGGCUUUCUGGAUCAGCUGCUCGACGUGAAGCUGUUCCCUGAGGCCUCGCCGCUGCACCGGGCUGUGGUAACCAACAGCAAAGAUGUGCGCCUGUACGCUUCAGACGGUUGCGUCUCCUCGCAGACUCUGCGCGGCCACAGUGACGUGGUGCUCUGCUGCGCCGUGAGCAGUGACGGGGCGUGGAUCGCCACCGGGGCCAAGGACAAGGAGGUGCGCGUGUGGUCGACCGAGAGGUGCGAGACCGUCGUGCGCGGUGUUGGCGGGCACACAGCGGAGGUGACAUCGCUGUCCUUUAACGGGAGGCAGACAGACACCUACCUGCUGCUCUUCUCUGUCUCCAGCGACGAGAAUCUGCGCUUGUGGGACAUCGGCGUCCCUCUGGCGGGGCGUGCGUCGGCAAAGCAGUCGCGGUCCCGUGUGGAGGAGAUACAGCACCGGAGCGGCGUGAACGCGGCCCAUGCGGGCCCCAUCUACACCGUGGCUGUUGCGCCCAACGACCAGUACGUCGCGACUGGGGGCAAGGAUAAGUCGGUGAAUGUGUGGAACAUCACAGGCAAGAAGAUGUACCGCGAGGCCUCCUUGAAGGGGCAUCGGCGUGGCAUCACAUCCCUCGCCUUCUCGCCGGUCGAUCGCGUCCUGGCAUCGGCGUCGAAUGACGGGUCGGUGCGGCUGUGGUCGCUGGUGUCGCUGACGUGCUUGAAGGCGAUGCAGGUGGACCGCACGUCGGUACUGCAGCUGAGCUUCUUCAACAACGGCACGCAGAUUGUGACGACCAACGCGGAGGGCGUGCUGCGUGUGUGGGCCAUCGCGUCCUCGGAGUCGGUCUGGGCGGCGGAGGCGCACACGGAGAAGAUAUGGGCCUUGGCGGUGGAGGAGCGCCCCUCCUCGGGUGAGACGAUCUUCUACUCCGGCGCCGCCGACGGCGUGUUGAUCGCGACCGAGGACUACACCGCCGAGGAGGUGGCCCGCGUCAAGGAGGACCGGCACACGAUGAUCCUGCAGGAGCAGGCGCUCUCCAACGCCCUUCGGAAUGGCGAGUUCUCAGAGGCUUUUAUGCUGGCCCUACGGCUGAGUCACCCGCGUCAUCUCCGCCAAGUGCUCGUGCGCUGGUGCGCCAAGGACGCGCGCCAGUGCGAGAACACGCUUCGCGGCGAGCUUCUGCCCGCCCUUGACGCGGAGCAGAUGACGCGGCUGCUGCAGUACACGCGAGAGUGGAUCACGAACAGCCGUCACUGCAUGGUGGCUACUCUGGUGCUCUAUGUACUCAUCUCCUCACGCCACUUCGAGGCCGUCGCACAGGUGCCGUCGAUGGCGUCGCUGAUCGAGCCGCUGUUGGCUUACACGCGCAAGCACAGCCAGCGCCAGCACGACCUGCUUCGACGCACGUACUACAUCGACUACGUCAUCCGCGGUCUUGCUCCGAACGUGCUUACCUCGCUGCCCCCGUUCGUGCAUCACGAUGAAGGCCGGAAGGAGGAGCUGCCGCUGGCAAAGCGCAUGCGCGUCGAGUGA